CCCCCGGGGCUCCCCUCGUCCACGGGGGCCUGCCCCCGGGCCCCGCUCCCCGCUCCCCGGCCGGGAGGAUGACGGAGCUGCAGUCGGCGCUGCUCCUGCGAAGACAGCUGGCAGAACUCAACAAAAACCCAGUGGAAGGGUUUUCAGCAGGUCUGAUAGACGACAAUGAUCUCUACCGGUGGGAAGUGCUGAUCAUCGGUCCUCCAGAUACUCUCUAUGAAGGUGGAGUUUUCAAGGCUCAUCUCACUUUCCCAAAAGACUACCCCCUCAGGCCGCCGAAAAUGAAAUUCAUCACGGAAAUCUGGCACCCGAACGUCGACAAGAACGGCGACGUGUGCAUCUCCAUCCUGCAUGAGCCCGGGGAGGAUAAAUACGGCUACGAGAAGCCAGAGGAGCGCUGGCUCCCCAUCCACACGGUGGAGACCAUCAUGAUCAGCGUCAUUUCUAUGCUGGCAGACCCCAACGGGGACUCCCCUGCCAACGUGGAUGCAGCGAAAGAAUGGAGGGAAGACCGAAACGGAGAAUUCAAGAGGAAAGUGGCCCGCUGUGUAAGAAAGAGCCAAGAGACUGCUUUUGAGUGACAUUUAUUCAGCAGCUAUAGUAGCUUCACUUUUUCAGGGUCUCCAAUUGAGAAACAUGGCACUGUUUUCCUGCACUCUACCCACCACUUGCUGGACUUCAGUUGUAAGACGUUGGCAAACACUGGCUGGAACUAGGCGGCAAUAAAACAGGCCAGUGACCGACGCUGACCAGAGCCGAAUUGGUGCCAACGGCCAAGAAUGAAUGAUUGCGCAUUUCGAAUCCUCCUAAUGAACUGCUUUAACCUUCAGGAAGAAUUGUAAAGACCUGUACAUAGCACAACAGGAUCCGAAUAAUAUAUACACACACACCCCCCACACACACACACGUACAUUCUCUCUCUCUCUCUCUCUCUCUCUCUCUCUUUCUCUCUCUCUCUCUCUUACACGCGUGGCUCGUGUACAUCCACACACACCUUGUACCAAAUAAUGCUUUCUCGUAGUUAGGAUCGAAAAUCGUGUAAAUUUGAAAGAUUUUAGCAGGUUUUUCACCCCCCCUUCCCCCCAUCUUCUUUGUUUCUUUAUCAGUUAAAAGAGACUUCUCUGAAAGCAUGUCGGAUUAAAAACCAAUUAGGAUUUAAGGUUUUCCAUUUAACUUUCCUUUGAACCAUCGAGGCUUCAUUAAAAUCUUUCACUUACUAAA